GGUUUCUCAGUCAAACAGUUUCAAGAGGAGCCAGAUCGUAGCCAAACCCAGUCAUGGAUUCCCUGAUGUCCCUGGGCUCUCCUCUCAAGCAGUUCAUGUCUGGAAGAGCCUCAUCUGCUAAAAGAGGAGGAUCUAAACGUUCCCAGUCCGUGAGGAGGACCAGUUUUUCCCAUAGCCGUAGGAUGAGUGUUGGAAGGAGGAGGAGUUUGCCCUGCACCAGUCAGAAGGUCCCAGACUCCUGGCUCAGAGUCUACCAGGACGAACUCAAGAGAGAACGGAAAAGACAACAAGCAAUUUUGGCCAAGAAAAAUGCAGAGAGAGUGGUCAGAAAAACACACUUCAGGAGGCAGCACUGUCUUCCCAGGCAGACGACCACUCCUAGAAAACCUGUGGCUGCAGCCAAAGACGAGUCAUUUUUUGGGGCAUUUCAGGGCCUGAGUUUGGACGGACUGAUGGGAGGAUCCACAGCUCCAGUAACGACUGGAGCCAAUGUGGAUCCAUGUAAAGUCAUGUAACUCUCAUGAGAGUGGACUU